UAACCGGUGUAAAAUUUCAAGUACAAGUGAUUAAUAUUUCCUGAUUCUCAAAAGCCAAACAGCUUUUACUUUAAGAUGGCAACAACAUAAGUAUCCAAUUAAUACAGAUCUUUGUUUUACCGCGGUUAACCCAACUGAGAGGGGUCAAAUUUCAAAUCACUUUCAAUCCGGCUUCUGUGUAUAGAUCACAAAUACACACAUUUUACAAUUAGAGAAAUUGUAACAUUUCAAAAGUUGUGUCUUUGUUUAUAGAUUUCAUGUUAGAAGUGCUGUAUUUGUUAAACAAUGGCUGGACGUGCUUUAAUGGCAUAUGGAUUAAAUUUUAUGGAUAACAAUAACACAAUAGACACAAUGGCAACAGGCACGCCGACGUAUAAGAUAAUUCUGUUAGGAGAAUACGGUGUUGGGAAAAGUUCUAUAUUUAGAAGAUUUCUCAAUGGGACUUUUAUUGAAGAACCGGGCAAGAAAUCGACCAUUGGAUUGGACCAAUGUUCACAGACUUUUGGUGUCCAUGGAAUGGACGUAAAAGUAACGUUAUGGGAUACCGGUGGAAUGGAGAGAAUGAGUUUCAUUGGUUCCAGCUUUUACAGAGGUGCACAUGCUGCAUUGUUGUGUUAUAGUGUGAAAAACAAAGAAACAUUCACAGUUCUGUCUCAAUAUAUCCUUGACAUUGUGAUAAACGCUGAAGGCGCGAAAAUAUUUUUGUGUGGCAAUAUGGCGGACGGUGAAGGAGAGGACCAAGUCGAUAAAGCAGACAUUGAAAAUUUUGAGAGAGAAUGUGGGAACGUUUUAUCAGGUGUUUAUCAAAUUUCAUGUAAAGACAAUAUGGGCAUUUAUGAAAUGUUCAAAGACAUUGCCCGUGUGCUUCACCAAGAAUCAGUGGGAAGAAUGACACUAAGGCGGGAAAUAGGAAAUGUUAUACGACCAGGUAUUUCACCGGAAGGUGAAGAACCAUCUAAAAAACGGUGCUGCAGUAGUAGUUAGUCAUUUUCAUUUUCAUUUUUGAAAAUCCUAUACUUUAAAAUGUACAAUCUUAGACUGCAUGUUCGUUCAUUCAUGCUUAUCGUGAUUACACACCUUAAGACUUUAUCAUUGUAGAAAUAGAAUGACUGAGUUUUCUUGACGAGACUUAUAAUCAAUCUAAAUACAUAUAUUUAAAUGUUUUAAUUUACAUAUUUUUGAAAUGCUUUCACCAAAUAUUGCACGAACCAAGAACACAGUAUACCGUUGCUUUAAAUUUUCAUCUGGCUUUAAGUUUAAUAUGUUAAAUUAUGUGGCAGCGUUCUGUCAAACAAACGAUCUUUUUACUCUCCCAGGCAUCACAUACUGAGAGAAACGUGCAAAUUAUGAUUAUCAUGAAAAUGAUAACAAUUGUUAUACAACUGUAUUGUAUAUUUUACGAAUGAUGUUAUUGAAUUUUUAGAAAGUUCUGAUUUAAAUGCUUUUAAUUCCAAAGAAGUUAUUUUUAACAAAUUGGUCUAAAGGACAUCGUAGAAUUUUUUAAGGAAUUCACAGAUGAUACACUCAUAUAUGUCAUCGGUAUACUGUUGUUUAGCCUUUUUUUUCCUUCUCUCUCUCCAUUAUAUAUUCAGACGUAGCAUUUUUUAUAUUGAAUUUACAUUCAGAUAUAAAAUAAAAUACAUGUUGCAUAUUUCAGUGCACAUGGCAGUAUUUAUGAAUUCCCACUUAUCAGGUGCGAUAAAAACCGUAACAAAAACGAAAACAUAUAAAGUAAAGAUGUAUCAAAUCUUUAAGAGAACAAACUGAACAGCCUAUACUACCUCUAUUCAAUUUGCCUGAGGAAGUUGCAAACUUAGUUUUAGAACACUAUGAUAUAGACGAUUAAUGCAAUAUGAUUAUCAGAUUGAUAUAGUUGAUGCUAACGUGACGGUACCUUAAUUGCACCUAUUUUGACAGUUUUUUCACCUACGUUUUUUUAUGAUCAGGACAGAAAUAACCAUUCUGUGUUUAUUUUGUAGCCGUAUUCUUUUCUUUUUAUUAUAUAGGUACACCAAUUUGAUUUUUAAUCAAUAUUGCCGAGUCAUAGAAAAAUGGGUUUGAAUCAACUUCCAAACUAUCCAUGAUUCCGUAAUGAGGUGUUCCCAACUUGCAUCCAUGCUUAAAUCCACAUCAUUAAAAAUCGAAUAAAAGAUGUUUGUUUUAGAUUUACAAAUGUUAAGAACAAUCUGACAUUAGUUCACGCUCACUUUUAUUUUUUUUUAAUUGGAUUUUUGUAACAUUUUUUUGUGUUCAUCUUUAAAAGAUGACUUUUUGUGAACGUCGCAUGGCGGCGUUUUCGUACAUUUUUCUUUCCAGUGAAGGCUUCAUCUGUUGAUUAUUGUGAACAUUUAGUGUAUAUUUGAAUAUAUUAAUUCACCUAUUUUGUAAGAGUGUACAAUGUCAAAUAAUCCAAAUACGAAUUGUAUAGUCUCAAAGAAAACUUUUAAGAAUUUCUCAGCUGUUUAUGUUGAAUAGGUGCAAUUUGGGUGGGUACUCGAUGCAAUUUGGGUACCGUGAGACUUAAGAUCUUAAAAAAGUUAUGAUGUCUACAAAAAACAAUAGAGAAAAAAACAACAACAUGAAAAAUUUUAAAAAAAGAUGAUCAUUUGCAAAAGGCCAGAAAACUUUACUCUGAAAACAUACGAUGUUGUGAUCUUAGCUCGGUCCUAACUUAGUAGCGCUAAAUCGGCAAAUAGACCAGUUUCAGUGGUGGCAAAUACAUAAAUCGUGGUUACGACAUGUUUUUCUCGAUGUGUAUCUGUAUCCUAUGUGAAGUCGAAAUAUAUAUCUUUAUUAAAGAAAAUGGAGGAUUUUUCAUGGAGUGUAAUAUGCUAGCGAGUAGUUGCUCCUCUUUGAUUGCAUUGUUUUGGUGUAUUACUGUCUUACCUAUAUUUGCCUUUAAAUCUUGUUAUUGAUAUGUUUACCUCGUAAUGAAAGUUUCUAGAUCAUUAUAUACCUAUAUGGAGUUUUUUCUUUCAGAACCGUACGUCGUUCUUUCUUAAAAUCAACCCGGAAGAUACCAUGUUUCAAUAAACUAUGCUCCAAAGUCCAAGGCAUACAUAAUGACCUGUGUAAGGUCAUUAUUUUCCUUGAUGGAAAUGCAUAAAUCUAUAUAUAAUUUACUUCAAAGUCAUAUUCGUCUGAAUACGGUCGGUCUUUCAUUUGAUCAAUCCUGACACCCCUCGGUGUAUUCUACGACAAGAAAAACCUUAAAAUAUGCAUUAUCUAUAACACCAUUCUAUUAAUUAUUUUAGUGUCACCGACGAGUUAUAUUUAAUUGAUAGCCUUGUAUAUUUGGUGACUUUUUAGUGUAAAUACAUUUAUCUGUUAUUUUUUUAUUUUAUUAAGACUUUAAUUAAUAAAACAUGUCUUCCGUCAUCCUAUUUCUUUUUUAUUUUGAAAUGUGUAUACUAGUGUGACAGUAUUUUUGAAACAGUUUUACUUGUAUAUUAUUAAUUAUUGUACCAUUGAUACGUAGUUCAAUGCAUUUCACAUUCAUUUUAAAUCAUGUAUGCACAUGUGUUAUGCAUCACUUUUACAAUCAUAUGACAAUAGUGAGUUAAGCUAUCAUAUUACAUGUUUUAAACGUUGGUAUAAUCUGUUUAUUUACAUUUUACAAAUAUUGAAAUUUAUAUUAUGAAAACAAAUAAAUUGUAUUUGUAAACUUAA